UACAACACGCGUACGAUCCAAUGCAGGAGUAUCAGUUUGCGACUAUUACUUUCAAUUUGUAAGGAGCUAGUAAAAUUAUUUAUUGUGCUUUGUCGAGGGAGGAAUCAUCGCUCGGACGAGCUGUGCCGGCACAGAUGCGAGACUGGAGCCACGAUGCGCAAGAAGAAGCCUUUGGCGCUCAUCAGAAGCGCAAAAUCCAUUAUUUCCUCAUCUCCCUCCCCUUCUCUCCCAUCAUCAUCGCCGCCGUCUCCGUCGCACGAACUCGCCGGGUUAAUUUCAGAGACAAUCGCAAGGUAUGGCUGUGGCCCGCUGUCCCCCUCCAUUCUGGUGUCCAGACUCAAUCCCCGCAUCACCCACCUCGUCUUCUCCGAUACCAAGCUUAGAUCCGACUCUCUCUUGUCCUUCUUCAACUGGUUGAACGAUCACAAGCCAACUCUGGGACAUCGCCCCGGCGUCUACUGCAUUCUCGCCUGCAGGUUGCUCAAGGAGAAUGACCGUUCUUCUGUUGCAAAGGGCCUCUUGACAUCUCUCGCCAAUGAUAUUGGCUGUCCGUUUUCGGUAGUAGAGUCUCACAUGGAUGACUUACCCGCCGAUUCUGAGGUUCUGCGUAAGUUUGUCUUGCUCCUGUUUGGGAUUUAUUCGAGAGCAAAGAUGAUGGAGCAUGCCCACCAAGCGUUUGUUUAUAUGAAAAAGCAGGGUUGGAAGAUAGAUGCUUGGUCCUGCAAGGCCUUUCUUAUGGCCUUGAGAGCGUCUGGCGAGAUGGAGACGGCUUUGGAGUUUUUGCAGUCGGUGCUGGACUCGGGGCUGGAGGCGACGCCCCAUUAUAUGGUCAUCAUUGUUGAUGGGCUCUGCUCGAAAGGCGAGAUAAAGAAAGCUAUUGAGUUUUUGGAUGGCAUGAGUGCUAGAGGGUUCAAGCCCAAUAUCUUCUCUUAUAACUCGUUAGUGGAGGCUCAUUGCAAGAAUGGAGAUAUUGAUAGGGCCUUCGAGGUCCUGGAUUCAGUGGUAGACAACUCUGGCGUCGAAAGGAAUGUCGCAACUUAUACCAUUCUGAUCAAUGCAUUGUGCAAUUCAGGCAAGAUAGAUAAAGCUGAGGAAUUGUUUGACGACAUGAAGAAAAGGGGGAUGGUUGGGGAUGUCUAUGUCUAUACUUCAAUGGUCCAUGGAAAUUGCAAGUGUGGCAACAUAAAGAGGGCAUUUGCUCUGCUUGAUGAAAGCAUAGAUGCAGGAUUGACACCAAAUGCUCAUACCUAUGGGGCACUGAUCAAUGGUUUGUGUAAAUUGGGACAGAUGAAGGCUGCAUCAACAGUUCUCAGUGAGAUGCAAAAAAAGGGAAUUGAUUACAAUCAGAUUAUACUCCACACGAUGAUUGCUGGGUAUUGCAAGGCAGGAGAUAUUGAUGAGGCCUUCAACUUGAUGGCGACCAUGGAAAAGAAAGGAAUCAAACUGGAUGUUUAUACAUAUAGUACAAUUAUCAGUGGGUUAGGAAAGUUGGACAGGUUUGAGGAGGCCAAGAGGCUGUUCUAUGCUAUGGUUGACAAAGGGGUUUCUCCAAACGCUGUGAGCUAUACUACUUUGGUGGACAUUCACUGCAAAGAAGGGAAUCUAGAUGAGGCCAUGAGAGUCUUUCGUGAGAUGGGCAGGAACAGUAUCAGGCCUACUGUCUGCACUUACAAUGCUUUGAUUGAUGGACAUUGCAAGAAAGGGAAGAUGGGGGUUGCCUAUAAGCUUUGGGAGGAAAUGGAAUCAAAGGAACUGAAAAGUGAUGUUUAUACAUACACAACGUGGAUACAUGCGAACUGUACGCAAGAUAAAAUGGAUGAAGCACUCAAAUUAUUUACUGAAAUUCGUUCAAGAGAUCUUCUUCCAAACGUCGUUACUUUCACUACCUUGAUAUCUGGGUUGUCUAGAAAUGGAAAGACAGAUGAUGCUUUGAGAAUAUAUGACGAGAUGGUGGCGGCAGGAGUCACUCCUGACGAUCAAUUGUAUUCUACCCUUGUUAGCACCCUUUAUGCACGAGACUCAUGACAAGGACUUGGAUUCUUUUUAACUUCA